AUGAAAUUUGAUUUGAAUCGAGUAGUAGAAGAAGUAUGUCUGUUGGAGGGGCAACCGCUUUCUGAGAGAUCACUGGCUGCUAUUGUGGGGGAAUACGAUGAUGGCCCAACACUUUCAAAAACUAUUAGAGGCAUUGGUGCUGAGAAAGAUUUCAACACUAGAUUUAUUGCUGAUCGUGCUGAAUGUGUUGAUGUCAGGGGCAAGAAAAUUAGAGUUUGUCACAAUUGUCAAGAUUCCUCUCAGGUUCACGAGCUAUUCCUUUUCAUACAUGGGCUAGGAGGUGAAUUGGAACAAUUUGAACCGUUGUUAAGACUCGUCGAUGCUAUGGAUCAACGAUUUUUAGCACUAGAUUUACCAGGAUUCGGAAAAAGCGAUGAAUGGGAUGAAUAUCCAAUGUUGAAGGUUGUAGAAACAAUCGAAGAGAUUGCAGCCAAGUUCAAUGCUGCAAAGAUAGUUCUCGUUGGUCACUCAAUGGGGUGCUAUUUAACAUCACACUUCUAUGAAGCUUACCAUAAGGUUCACUCAAUAAAUCGAAUUGUUCUUUUAUCACCGCCGAAGAGAGUCCUUUAUGAAUUACAAGGAAACGUGGUACAAUGGGGAAUUUGGUUCGGUUAUAAAUUGCCAUGGUUGUUCGAUUUCUACAGAUCUUGGUUUGAUCAAUCAAAGGGCUUAGCAAGUUCAGGCAUCCGAGGCUUUUUCAGUAAUGACACUAUUACCACUAUCCAAACUUACAGAAAGCUUUGGCAAUUUCAUAAUAAUGUUCAAAUUAAGUCAAGGACCAUCUUUGGAUAUCUAUCAGGUUGGCAGCCUAUACAAUGGGAUAAAUUAAAUCAGAUCUGGAAUGUAACCGCAACGACGCUGGUCGUCAUGUGUGGUGAUAGAGACGCAGUAACGCCAAUAAGUGCUGCUCAGGAAAUUGUUGAAUCUUUGCCAGAACAUAUGGAAAAAAAAUUGGUCACUAUACCUGACUGUGGUCAUCACGUCUGUUUCGAUACUCCAGGGGAAACCUGUAGAUUGUUUGCUCAUUACGUUCUCAAUAAAGAUGUGUAA